AUGGCAUUACAUCAAUUUGAUUAUAUCUUUGCUAUUGCAAUGAUAUUUGCAUUUUUAGAUGCAUGGAAUAUUGGAGCUAAUGAUGUUGCAAAUUCAUUUUCAUCAUCAGUUUCUUCUAGAUCAUUAAAAUACUGGCAAGCUAUGAUAUUAGCUGCUAUUUGUGAAUUUUUAGGUGCUGUUUUGGUUGGUUCAAGAGUUUCCGAUACUAUUAGAAAUAAAAUUGUCGAUAUUGAUGUUUUUGCAGAUUCACCAGCUGUUUUAAUGUUGACUAUGGCUACAGCUUUAGUUGGCUCUUCAACUUGGUUAACUCUUGCUACUUCAAUUGGUAUGCCAGUUUCUACUACUCAUUCAAUUGUUGGUGCUGUUAUUGGUGCUGCCAUUGCUGCUAAAGGUGGUCAAAAUAUUCAUUGGGGUUGGAAUGGUGUUUCUCAAAUUAUUGCUUCAUGGUUUAUUGCUCCAUGUAUUGCUGGUGCUUUUGCAUCAAUUAUCUUUUUAAUUUCAAAAUUUGCUGUUUUAGAAAUUAAAAAUUCAAGAACUUCAUUAAGAAAUGCUAUGUUAUUAGUUCCAAUUUUAGUUUUUGCUGCAUUUUCAAUUUUAACUAUGUUGAUUGUUUGGAAAGGUUCUCCAAAAUUAGGUUUAGGAGAUUUACCAACUGGUACAAUUGUUGGUGCUAUUUUUGGUACUGGUGGUGUUGCAACUGCUGUUUAUUUCUUAUUUGCAUACCCAUACUACAGAAGAAAAUUGAUGUACGAAGAUUGGACUUUAAGAUGGUACGAUAUCUUCCAAGGCCCAUUAUUAUGGUUUAAAUCAUUAGAUUCAAUUCCACCAAUGCCACAAGGUCAUAAUUUAACUCAAGAUUAUUAUAAAGGUAGAAGAUAUGAUGAUGCUGGUAAUGUUAUUGGUGAACCAUUAGAUAAACAUCAAUCUGCAACUUCUGAUGAUCAAGAAUCUAUUGAAAAAGUUGGUCAAGAUUCAGUUGACUCACAAGUUGAUCAUGAAAAAGCUCAAAGUGUUAAUGUUCAAGAUCAAUCAAUUGUUGUUGCUGAAGGUGAAGAAAGUAUUUGUAAACGUAAAAAAUGGCCAAAUGAUAAAAAAGUUUAUUGGAAAUUACUUAAGGAAUCUCCAGUUAAUUUACCUUUUGUAAUACUUUUAGUUCUUACUCAUGGUAUUAGACAAGAUAUUAUUACAAAUCAAGGUAAAAAAUCUGUAUUGGCUGGUAAUUUACAUGAAAUGCAUACUAAAUCCAAAUAUUAUGAUAACAAAAUUGAAUACAUGUACUCAUUAUUACAAGCUAUUACUGCAUGUACCAUGUCAUUUGCUCAUGGUGCCAAUGAUAUUGCAAAUGCUACUGGUCCAUUAGCUACUGUUUAUUUAGUUUGGACUACAAAUACAACUGCUUCUAAAGCUGAAGUUCCAGUUUGGGUUUUGGUUUAUGCUGCUGCUGCUUUAGUUAUUGGUUUAUGGACUUAUGGUUACAGAAUUAUGAGUAAUUUAGGUAAUAAAUUGAUUUUACAAUCACCAGCUAGAGGUUUUUCAAUUGAAUUAGGAGCUGCUAUUACUACUGUUAUGGCUACUCAAUUAGCUAUUCCAGUUUCAACUACUCAAUCAGCUGUUGGUGCUACUGUUUUUGUUGGUUUAUGUAAUAGAGAAUUAAAAACUGUUAACUGGAGAAUGGUUGCUUGGUGUUAUUUAGGUUGGAUCUUUACUUUACCAUGUGCUGGUUUAAUUGCAGGUUUAUUAAAUGGUAUAAUCUUGUAUGCACCAAGUAAAGGUAUUGAAUAUACCAUGGGUUAG